AUGGGACGUACUGAUCUAAUUACACCUGAUUUGAAAGAAGCAUGUAAAGGUAAACUCACUUCAGGUAAAGGUAGAGAUAAACUCACCUCAGGUAAAGGUAAAGAUAAGCUCACUUCAGGUAAAGGUAAACUCACUUCAGGUAAAGGUAAAGUCACUUCAGGUAAAGAUAAAGAUAAACUCACUUCAGGUAAAGGUAAAGAUAAACUCACUUCAGGUAAAGGUAAAGAUAAGCUCACUUCAGGUAAAGGUAAAGAUAAGCUCACUUCAGGUAAAGGUAAACUCACUUCAGGUAAAGGUAAAGUCACUUCAGGUAAAGAUAUGUUAAAACUCAAAUCAUUUAAAAGAUAACAGCAUAGGAGAUGACAACCAAGUUAAACAGACUUACUUACUGCUGAAUAUCAGAACGAUCCAAUUCUAUAUGACA